CAUUUGAUCUUAUCGCUCGCUAGUAUAUAAGGCCCUGCCCUGCCAUUGCAAACAUCUCUGUCUGAAACGCGGUCCAUUAUGUCUCUGGUCACCAUCACUCUCAUCAGCAGCAUUCUUUUGAGCGUGUUUCCUCACACUCCAACAGCAUAUGGACCGCUGAACUAUGCCUGUUGUGUGAAAUAUACUCGAAAUCCUCUGCCCUUUGGAGCAAUCACUGGCUUCGUGGAGCAGAAGUCCACCGAGGUGUGCCGCAUAAGCGCCAUCAUCUUUCUCACCAAGAACAACAAGAAGGUAUGUGCGACCAUUAAGGAUAAGUGGGUGAGAGACGCGCUUGCACGUCUGAGGUCCAAAAUAACGAAAUUGACGGAACAGGAAAAUCUGCGUCUCACCACUGCUGGACUGGCCACCAAAAGCCCAUAAAGCUCUUUUAAAUAAUGUGGCAUUAAACAUAACAGAUUUUAUUAAUUACUGAUGAUUAUCCUCAUACGUAAUGCUUUAAUUUCUAUUCUAACUAUAUAUCCUUAAGAAUAAAAAAAAAAAAAAACUGUUUU